AUGUUGGUGACAGUUCAGUCCUCGCACAACGCCCGAGGUUCUAACGAGGAGAAGUUCAACACGCGGAAUCGCGUCAAGGAGAAAAUGGCGAGCUAUUUUAUAGAUUCAAAAAGUGGUCUAUUACGCACUGGCGAGUUGUCAGAAAUCCUUUCGAAGGCCCAGGGUCUCGUCAAAUCGGCAGCGCGCCCGUGCACCUGCCAGCCCGGCACCUGUGCUUGCACGGCGCCCUCAGCGUCUCGCAGCCAAAAAUGCCUGAAAGUCCGAAUUGACACGGAGGAGAACGCCAAGGCUGGGGUCGGUGAGAAGAGAGGAAGAUGGCCGAGGAACAAAGUUGGUGCUUGCUGUGCGAUGCUGGUUCUGUGUUUGGUUAUCGUUGCAUUAUCGAUGGCGAUGGUGAUGUAUGCGUCACGGUCAGCUCUCUUCCCAUUCAGGAGAUCACUCAGCUACCUCAUUGGGAACGGAAUAAAAGUUGCCGACAGCUGCUCUGACGUGGGAGUAGGGAUGUCCUGUGCCACACCCUGUGAGUCUGCAGCUUAUUCUGUGUGUCCCCUGGGUUAUCAAGAACAAGGGCUCCCUCCUGCGGUCCUUUCUUGUCCUUGGGGAUCGGUGUGCUCCACCGCGAGAGAGGGCGUGGUCGGUUGUGUCCCCAGGGACACGUGUGCUGUAUCAG